UAUCGCCCAAAUUUGAAGAAAUUUCCAGACAAAAUUCCAGUAAAAUAAUUUGGGAGCACUCAAAAAUCAAGUAGAACAAUGAGUGCUUCCAUGUUAUCUUCUUCGAAUGUGACAUCAAAGUAUGACAUUCCUCUGGACCACCUCGACUAUACUUAUAUAAGAGGCUGUUCUGACCUAAAAGAACUUGAAAAAAUUCUCAAGGCAUUGAGGUCAAAGGAGGAAGGCCACUACCCAGACUUGGAGCAAUUAUGUGAGGAAAAAAUAGGAGAAAUCAAUCCAAAUAGUCGUGUGUUGAGGAAAUCUAAACCUAUCUCAACGAAAGCAGAUUUAACAUAUGAGGAACAAGCUGCCCUCGACAAUGAACUUAAGGACUGGCAUCAGGAGACGAAAGACUUAGAGAUGCACAUUAAGACAAUGAAAGUGGCAGAUGGUGGCCAGGAACCAGAACUUCCACCCAUUAGAGGCACUGGACAAAGUAUCCCAAUUGAUAAAAAGACUGCAGCUAAGAAUGAAUCUCAGAAAAAGAAGUCUGUUAAGCCUAGAAGCUACAACGAAUGGGAUAAGUUUGACAUUGAGGGGGAAUGUGAAAAGGUUGAUAAAGAUGCCAAAGAGAAAGUUAAAAAAAUGGGAGACAGCAAAACAGGACUGGGUGACAUCAGCAGCACAAUAUCAGAUAAAGACAUGACUCCUGAAGAAAGACAGCUGAAAGCAAACAGAGAAAAGGAUAAAGGCAAUGAGGCAUUCCGUUGUGGUGACUUUGAGGAGUCUAUAACAUACUAUUCCCGGAGCCUCUCUCUCAUUUCAACUGCUGCAUCCUUCAACAACAGAGCCCUGGCAUAUCUGAAGUUAAAACAUUGGGAUGAGGCUAUCAAAGACUGCAAUACAGUGCUUAGCCUCGAGCCUGAUAAUAUAAAAGCUUUCUUAAGAAGAGGUGUUGCUCGAGAGGGAAAGAAGGACUAUGUGAAUGCUAAGACAGAUAUACAGAAGGUCCUGGCCCUUGAGCCAAUUAACAAACGUGCCAAGGAUAUUCUUGCCAGUCUGAACAGGAAACUAGCUGAGAAGAAGGAGAAAGGAACGAGAAUGGUCAUUGAAGAGGUGGACGAGAUGGAAGAAUCAGAUGAGGAACAAAAAAAAGAAGACAGUCCAGUUGUCACCAAGAAAGGCAAGAAGAUACAGAUAGUUGAGACGGAUAGUGACUCAGAAUCAGAAGAAGAGCAAUCUACUCAAGCUACAACUAAUACCUCUGAGCCACCUAUGGUGAAUGGACAUGCUAAUACAGAACAAAGUUCAACUCCUGUUGAUCUAAUCAACAAGCCAGAAAACACUAUGGAAAUCGACUCAAAAUCUCAGGGUGAAGGAACUAUAAAGAAACGUGAACAAACAGAUGGAGGAGCUAUGACUAAAAUGUCAUGUCUUAGGGGUGAAGAUACUGAUAAAAUUAAUGAUCCUAAGAAAGGCACUGAAAAGGUUAUUGAUGCUGUUGUUGUUGAGGAGACACCAACGGAUGAAUUAAAGAGGCCUGUGUUUGAGAUGCCACCUCUGCCAUCCAGUGUAGGAAGACUAAAGGAAAGUGGAAAUGAACUGUUCAAGACAGGACAGUAUGCACAUGCUGUGGAGAAGUACAAUUUGGCAAUUGAGAAACUGCUACCUGCUAAAGACAAACAGAAGGUGAACAUCUCCACAUUGUACAGUAACAGAGCAGCUUGUAAGACUAAGAUAGGGGACUGCAGAGGUUGUGUAGAUGACUGUUCCAAGGCUCUAGAUCUCGUACCUCAUUCAUUGAAACCUCUCCUACGAAGAGCUGCUGCAUAUGAGACUAUGGAAAAAUAUCAGUUAGCAUAUAUCGACUACAAACAUGUGCUCCAAGUUGACAACAGCGUUGACAAUGCCAUGCAGGGUUCAUCCAGGUGCAGCCAAAUGCUUAAUGCCCUCGAUGGCACAAAAUGGCGGGAAAAACUACCCACAAUUCCCCCUAUCCAAAAGCAUGAAAUCCCAGUGAUAACAACAAUGUCUGGAAGUGGAUUAGCAAAAUCAACCACCAUCACAACAAAUGUCACCACCACACAAGCAGCUGUUUCUGAGUCUCAAAAAGCAAGUUCAACUGUGACAAAUCUGCUCACUGGGAAUGGGGAGGACAUUGAUGCCAAAUUUGAUAACCUAAAAGCUCAGGGGAAUGACUGUGUACAGAAGAGUAACUUCAGUCGGGCUAUAGAGUGUUACACUGGAUGUAUUUCACUGGCCCCAGAAAGACCUGUUAGCUACACUAACCGUGCCCUGUGCUACCUGAGGAUAAACAAACCUCAACAAGCUGAACAAGACUGUAAGGUGGUGCUGAAAUAUGAGCCACAGAAUAUCAAGGCUUUGUUCAGGAGAGCUCAAGCUAGAAAGAUGCUCAUGCAGUAUAAGGAAAGUUUGGAAGAUCUCAUGACAUUGCUGAAACUUGACCCUAAGAACUCUGCUGCUAAGAAAGAAGCUGAUGUGGUGAAACAGUAUUACAAAAAGCAAUUGACUGAAAUGAAGUCCCCUGGCUCAAGUGCUUCUCUGACCAGAGGCAAGAAAAUCACCAUUGAGGAAGUGGGGAGCUCUUCAGAUGAUGAGAGGAAAGAGGCGAAAAAAUCCCCGGGAAAAAUAACCCAAAAAAUAACUGAAUUGAAAUCUACAAUAACAAAAGGUAUUGAUGGCAAACGAGCAGGAAGUCCAGAAAAGACACCUGGAAAAGACAAGAAGCAAAAGGAACAGGUGAAAAAAGCAAGCACUCUGGUGGAAACUAGUGCAGGUUUACCUAAGGCAGCACCUUCUACACCACACCUGAGCAGUAAGCCUACACCAUAUGAGUUCAUGACUGCUUGGAACUCACUGAAAGGUUCCACUGAGAUAGCUCCAUAUGCCAAAAUUCUCAGUCAGCUAAAGCCCAAAAAUAUCCCCAAAGUCCUGAGUAAUAAACUGGAUGGAGGGAUGUUUAGUAUUAUAGUGAAGUGUGUAGAAGAUUACAAUAAGGAAGGUAAAGUUGUAGAGACCCUAGAUAUCCUGAAGUUUCUCUCCAAAGUUCAGAGGUUUGAUGUGAUUGCCAUGUUCAUGUCAAGCCAAGAAAAACAAGUUUUGACGGACAUUUUGUCAAGUUUGAAAACUAAACCUCCCACAAAUUACACCAAAUUGGAAAUAGAAAAUAUAGCUAAGCAGUAUGGAAUAAAAUGACAAAAUGAGGAAAUAGGAAAUAUUAGAAAUCUUUAAACAGUGGGAAGUAAAAUAAACUGUUCCAGUCAGCUUUGCUGAGAAUAGAUGGAGUUGUAUUACAGGGUGCAGAUGCUGGAAGGUCAUAUUGUCUAUUGAAUAUGGCAUAAUAAAAUCCAUAGAGAAACUUUUGUACAUUUCCUUCGCAAAGAUGUGUAGUUGCAAGGCAGCAGCUCAGCAUGUACUAUUGACUGCUUUAUUAGUAAUAUGCACAAAAAGCUACCAUUUCAUAUGCAUAUGAAUAUGGUUAAAUAAUCAAAUAUAUAUUAUAUAUGCUGAAAUAUUCCUUAUAAAUCAGCAUUAUCUAUUAAUAAUAUAAGAUUGAAUUUUAGUGGUACAGUACAUUCUCAGACAAUGAAAUAUUUAUGAUUCUUGCACAGCCUAUACUGCUACUAUUAUGUCUUUCACAGAUAACAAUGAAAGAAAUUCUCACAUGGCUGAACUCUUGUAAAAAACAGUAAAAUGUUGUUUAAAAUAAUCACUUGAGUUUGAUCAAAACAGAAUUUUUGCAUAUGUUAUUAUGUAUUUAUUAUUACAUUACAUUAUUGUUUCAUUUUUCAUAAUAAAGAAUAUUGAGCUGAGUUUCUUAAUACAGUGUCUUGUCUUUAUAAUACCACAGAUUCGUGAAAUAUUUUUAUCAGUUCAAUAUUAUUUUUAAUGACUGAAAUGUAUUAUGAUAAAAACAACUGAAUGAAAGUUGAAAUGUACUUGAAAUAUGUGAAUGUCAGUAUGUUUUUAUGCCACCACCAAAAGU